UUUAUGACAAGCCUGCACGAUCGAUACAUCGUGAAGCAAAAUUACUGCAAGUCUGAGUGUAGAGUUAGUUUCAUCCUAUACAUCCAAAAUCAAAAUAUUUGCACCUGCAGCUGUAGUGAUAUUCUUAGCUAUUGGUUUACUACGAAUUGCAGUAGGAUAUUCGAGCGAUUUUGAUGUUCCGUGCGGUGCAUCACACAGCAGGAAGUAAAAUGAGUUCGCUGAAAGGAAUAACAAUAAUUGUAUUCGCGCUGUUUGUUGGAGCAUCGGCGAGUAACUCGUUUGAAAUUAUCAAAGACUGCAAGCAGUACUACGAUUUAGUAGAUUAUAAUGGGCCAGUAAAAUAUUUCUCAACGGCCAACUUGCAACACGUACGCAGCACAGAUCAGUCGAAGGUGUUCAAAUUUGCUGUACUAGGCCCAGGCGAUGGACAUUUGCGGUAUGGAAUGUGGCAAUUUCCGUACGAUAACGAUGUGAUGGAGAUUGCGAUAGGAGGAUGGCGAAACACCAAAAGUGCUGGAAGGCGCCAGUAUCGAACGGCAGAUAACCAAUAUACAAACUAUCCACUCGCCGAAGUUCAAACUCCCAAUCUGUUGUCUCCGUUUCAUCCGCUAAUGUUUGUGCUGGAAGUGUUCAACGAAGGACGGGUGGAGGUACGGAUCGAUGGCCAGCCGCAACCGUUCCUGUCGUUCCAAGAUAGUAGCCAGAUCCCCGCCAAUUAUAUGGCGUUUAACAAGUGGGACAGGGAUUUAAUCUUCUUCUACGAUUGUCCUUUUUAGAGUGGAAAGGAUUCUGGAAUUCAAAAUAAUUAUGAAUAAAUAGAAAAAUUUUUGCAAUUCAA